UCCAUGGUGACCAUUUUGGGCACAGUCCAGUCCUUUUGUUCUGGGGCUGUGAAGCCCAGGUGACAACUGCAUGCAGACUCAGCGCUGCUGGCAGAAUCCAAAGCCUGGAGACCAGAUUGAGAUUUUUCGAAGUGGUUACCAACACUGGGCUAUCUACGUAGGGAAUGGAUAUGUGGUCCACCUGACGUCUGCAGAUGGGGUUACAGGAAGUUUUUCCUCUAUUCCUCUGUCUGCCGACACAAAAAAGGCAGUGGUGAAGAAAGAAAAGCUUUCAGAAGUGGCAGGGAAAGACAAGUGGGAGGUCAACAACGAGAAGGACAGAAAAUAUAAAGUCAAGCCUGUAGACGAAAUAAUUAGAGCUGCAAACAAAUGUGUUGGGAUGGAGAUAGACUACAACGUGGUCAUGAUGAACUGCGAACAUUUUGCCACCGCACUACGAUAUGGCCAACCUGACAGUACACAGGUGUGUAGAAUUUAUUCACGUUUUCGUAGUGCUGUGAUACUGAAAUUCUUUCUAAACUCCUGAUCCUGGAAAAAUGAGGUGAGAUUAAGAAGCAGUUAAUUUAAUUUUUAUGUAGAUUUAAUUUCUAACCCCCAUUUACAAAGAUGGGGAGCAGAACUGAACAUUUACUGGAAUAUGUUGAAGGACUGCAAAACAGAACAAAAAAUAAAUAUCAUAACAUUUAAAGAUAACUUGAGUUCAUACACUUAAAUUGUCUGAAAGGACAAAUGAGAAGAUUAAAAACUCAGAACUCAGGUUUCCAAAUCAAUAACAGUCUUGUACCCUGAUGAAAAAUGUUGGGUCUGUAUUCCUUUAAUAUUUUUCAAACUAUAGUCACAGAACUCAGUUUUUUUGCACCAAAGCAUAUUCUUUUACAAGGAAUUACAGUUGUACCUCGGAACUUGUACGCCUUGGUACGCAUACGUUUUGGCUCCCGAAUAAUCGAAAACAGGAAGUGAUUGUUCUGGUUUUUGGACAUUCUUUGGAACCCAAACGUCUGAUGCGACUUCCGCAGAACUCAUAUUUUUGCACCAAAGCAUGUUCUGUUACACGGAAUUAUUUUUUAAAGCAUACUUUAAACCCAGAUUUAAUUGCCUUGGAAUCUGAGAAUUUCAAAUCUGGCUAUUAUCUGUUUCCAAACAUUUAAAGCAAAGUUUCAUAUCAAACUCUGUUGUGAGAAAUGAAGGACCUUCAGUCACUGUGAAUAAAAAUGCUUAAACCUCUUCUUCUU